CGUGUUCUAGCUUAGACUAGGGUAGUUGGUAUCGUUUAAGUCUUCCGUUUUCCAAAGUCAUUCAGCUAAUAUUUCAUGACGUAUUUAACGAUAGUCAGAACGAUUCUGUUUGUACCCGUAAAUAGUUUAUAACGUCGACAUAUUUGAAGUAAUUUAACUGGGUAAACACUAAUAUCACACUGUCACUGACUGCUAAUUUACUUGAUACAUUUCAGUAGAUCAGAGUUGUACCAUGCAAAAAGUCACCUUCCCCAUACGCUGUGUGGACGUUUUGUGCCCCAUAGACAUACUGCAGUUGCGAACUUCGUGAAGGGAAAGAAGAUGCUUGGCUUGCAGCAGUUGACAAGAACAUGGAAUCUGCCAAAAUCUUACCACUGCUUCUGGUCUCUGCGACACUAUCAGAAGUGGGAGGAAAAAAUCUUAUUAUUGAGUGUGAAGAGGAUCAUGAAUGUGGAGAAAAGAAAUUCUGCUAUCAAACUGGCCUAUGUGCCCCCUGCACAAACUGUUCCACCUAUUUUAGGAUGCCACAUGAGUGGAAAUACUGUUCAAAAUCUCCAAAUGAAUGUGGACCGUGUCUCCCUGGUUAUGCAGCAGAUCCCCUGACAGAUGGCAGGGAGAGAGAGCUCUGCACGCAAGUACAACAAUCAGAUGGCAGCCGAAGUAUUCCAGGUGACCAGUGGUCUCACUGGCUUUCUGGAAUCAUGGUGAUAGGAAUUCCAUUAGUAGUGUUAUGUGUCAUCCUGCUGAUCUGUUGGAAAACUGGCGCAUGUCGAAUCAAUAGAGGUGAAGUUCUGAAAACUGAGCGACCUUUAUCAGGACCUGUUAACAUGCGGCCACCACCUUAUAGCAGUUGUGGAGGAUCACCACUUCUAACAAGACAUACAGGUGAAUCAGAGUACUAUUGUGGCAGCGUGUGGCAUACUGAUCACAAGAUGAGCGGCAGCAGCUACCAUGAUAAAGAACCUGUGAAAACCAGUGUAGUGGAGAAGACCAUAGACGGGGUCCAGCAGGCUACGCCGUUUGAGUAUCAACCAGAUGAACUGCAAAAGAUUAAUCCUCAGUCAAGGACAAGAUCAUCCUGCCGACCAAAUGAUGGCUGCCGACCAAAUGAUGGGACAGAUCAUCAUGAUGAGGAUGACGACAAUGAAGAUGGACUGAGUGUUACGUUCGACAAUGGGGUUAAUGAAGUGGAUCCCUGCAACUCUGGGUUAUCAAAUAAUACUGAACAUAUGGAGGUGGAUCUGAAUCAGAGUGAAGAAGCCGCAGCUCCCAAACAAGGGGACAUAGUGGUUGAACCUGCUUGUAGGAAGUGUGCUUUAAAUAGGAAAACAGGCAGCAAUGAACACAUGUUUGAUACUCAUGGUUCUUUGUGUAACAUUGCCUUGAGAUCUGAUCAUUCUACUUAUAGCUUGUGUUCGGCGUCUGACAUAGAGGGUAGUUGUCAAGUACCUGUACAAUGUUCAUGUAAAAAGAACAUAUUGAAAACAUUUUUUUUACCAUCCAAAUAUGAUUCUGGAUUUAUUUCUAAGUCUUCUGUCAAAUUUGAGGAAUUACACGAUGAUACUUCUAGAGAAAAUACACAGACUAGAGAUAAACCACCCUCCACAGAGGGAGGAUCUAUAAAUAUUAAUCUUCCUGUAAAUAUAAACAUAUUAAAUCAUGUUAAUAUUUGUUGAUAAUGAUAGUGACAUGACCUAUUCAUUCACUUUCUUUACAGCGAGUAUUUUUAAGUAAAAUAAGCACGUAUUGUAAUACAAUAUUGUGCAGCGGACUGGAUGGAAGUACUCAAUGUAAUUGUCGUCUAUCUCAGUAAGGUCGUACUUAAUCCUUCCUGUGACUAUCAGUAUUUUAAGAUACUUUAUGUGUAUAUAUGAUUAUUGUACAGAACAAACAUAAAAUGUUUCUUAGUGUAUAGAACUUUUUAUGUUAUAUUGUUAUAGUUUUUUAAUUUUUUUAAUAAAAAUGAGUUGAAUCGUGUGUUAUGGAAUAAAGAUCCAAUAAAAGCAA